CCCUCUGCUGGUGAGAGCUGGUCUCUCGCUUUCUUUGAGAGCCCAGUGACGUCAGAGCUCCCUGGCAGCCAGUAAGUCAGACCAGAGAGUGGAGCUGCUAGAAAGAGACACAAGUAAGUAGUGAGAGAGACAGGGAGAGUUCGUGUAAGGUACCCGGCGAGCAACUGCAAAGGGGGUGGGAUAUUUUUUUUAGUAUCCCAAAGAGAUUUUUUUUUUUUAGUAUCCCAGAGAGAAGGAGACUAUCGUGCACCUUACCCCGGGACUAGGGGGGAAAUAAACAAAAUGGAUAGAGUUAUAACUUAUUUCGUUGCUGCGGUCAGUAUUUUGGUCUCAGUUAGAGGACAAGUAUAUAAAGGUGACUGCAACUUUGAUGAAUCAUACACGACUUGCGGAUAUAGCCAAGCCAAAGAUGAUGACCUUGACUGGGAGCAAGUGAACACCAAGGUGAAACCAUCCUCAGAUCCAUGGAUGCCAUCAGGUUCAACCUUCAUGAUGGUGAACACCUCCGGGAAGUUUUCGGGGCAGAAAUCACAACUCAUGAUGCCACAGCUAAAAGAAAAUGACACCCACUGUAUAAUCUUCAAGUACUAUGUGUCAGGCAGAGAUGGGGUGAACCCAGGUCUACUGAAUGUUUAUGUGAAGGCUAACAACGGUCCUCUGGGGAGUCCAAUCUGGAAUAUGUCUGGAGUUGCAACAAGGACUUGGAACCAGGUAGAGCUGGCUAUUAGCACAUUCUGGCCCAGUUUCUAUCAGGUUGUGUUUGAAGUAGUCACAUCAGGACAACAUGGAUACUUGGCAAUUGAUGACGUGAUCCUCCAGGGGCAUCAAUGCAUAAACACCCCUCACUUCCUGCAUAUAAAGGGCGUGGAGGUCAAUGCUGGGCAAACAGCUACUUUCCAGUGUUCAGCUAACGGACAGCCCAAAGACAGCUACAGGCUCUGGUUACAGGGAAUUGCUGGGCAGGAAGCUCCAAUGAAGGACAUCAAGCCAUUGAACACACGUCGUUUCCUAGCUACAUUUAAUGUAGUGAACACAACUAAGCAAGACACAGGGAGCUAUCGCUGUUUAAUUCACUCACAAAAAGGAGUUGGAUUGUCGAAUUAUGCUGAACUGGUUGUAAGACAGCCACCCGUUCCAAUUGCCCCACCUCAGCUCACAGCCGUCGGGGCAACGUACCUGUGGAUCCAGCUCAAUGCAAACUCCAUCAACGGAGAUGGCCCGAUCACACAGAGGGAAGUGGAGUAUCGCACCUUGUCUGGGAGCCUGAUCGACAACCAGCCGGUAGACAAGAGUACACAUAAAAUCGGACACCUGGAUCCAGAUACGGAAUAUGAAAUUAGCGUUCUUCUUACACGACCUCUGGAAGGAGGCACCGGAGCCCCAGGACCUGCUCUUAGAGCCAGGACAAAAUGUGCCGAUCCCAUGCAUGGUCCACAGAAGCUGGAAGUGGUGGAUAUAAAGUCCAAGCAAAUCACCGUCCGCUGGGAACCUUUUGGGUACAACGUGACCCGCUGCAGCAGCUACAACCUCACUGUCCACUAUCGCUACCAGGUGGGAACAAAAGAGGAGGUCAGGGAAGAAGUGUGCUAUGAAACAAACAGCCACUUCCCACAGCACACCAUCAGGGAGCUGUCUCCCUACACCAAUGUCAGCGUUAAGCUGGUGCUCAUGAACCCUGAGGGCAGGAAGGAGAGCCAGGAAUUGGGGGUCCUGACUGAUGAAGAUGUGCCUGGUGAAGUGCCUCUAGAAUCUAUCCAGGGAAGCACGUUUGAAGAAAAGAUAUAUCUGCAGUGGAGAGAGCCAGCUCAGACUUAUGGCAUUAUCACACUCUAUGAGAUCUCCUACAAGGCCGUCAGCUCCUUUGACCCUGAAUUCGACUUGUCUAACCAAAGUGGCAAAGUGUUUAAAAACGGGAACGAGACACACUAUCUGUUUGUGGGCCUGUACCCCGGAUCAACAUACUCUUUUACUGUCAGAGCCAGCACUGCCAAAGGCUACGGGCCACCCACCAUCACCCAGUUCACUACUAAGAUAUCAGCUCCCUGUAUGCCAGCCUAUGAUCAGGAGACACCUUUGAAUCAGACUGACAGCACAGUGACAGUGGUGCUUAAACCAGCGCAGAGCAGAGGGGCGCCUGUCAGUGUCUACCAGGUCGUAGUUGAAGAGGAACGUCCUCGGAGAGCCAAAAAAGCAGCUGAAAUUCUGAGGUGCUACCCAGUGCCAGUCCACUUCCAGAACGCCUCUAUUUUAAAUUCUCAGUAUUACUUUUCUGCUGAGUUUCCAGCAAGUGGCAUUCAGUCCUCCCUCCCAUUCACUGUUGGAAACAAUAAAACCUACAACGGAUAUUGGAAUGUCCCUCUUCUGCCUCACAAAAGCUACAGCAUUUACUAUCAGGCUGUAAGCACAGCAAAUGGGGAAACCAAAAUCGACUGCGUCAGAGUUGCCACCAAAGCUGCGAUAAUCGUGACUCAGCUUACAACACCAUACAUUCGCAUCGUCCCUGCUGCUGGCGACAACCAACUAACAGGUACUGCCACUCGGAAACCUGAUGCAGUGGAACCAGAGAAACAGACCGACCACACUGUGAAGAUAGCAGGAGUCAUCGCUGGCAUUCUCCUCUUUGUCAUUAUCUUCCUGGGGGUCAUCCUGGUCCUGAAGAAAAGAAGAAGCUAUCACUCCUACACUUAUUACCUAAAACUUGCCAAGAAACGCAAAGAGACGCUAAGCAGCACACGGCAAGAGAUGACUGUGAUGGUGAACUCUAUGGACAAAAGCUACACUGAACAGGGGACAAACUGUGAUGAAGCAUUCUCCUUCAUGGACACCCACAACCUCAAUGGAAGAUCUGUAUCAUCACCAUCUUCAUUUACAAUGAAGACCAAUACGCUCAGCACAACGGUGCCAACUUCCUACUACCCAGAUCCCUUUGUGCCAACUGCAAUUUUAGAUGAAAACCACACACUAGUGAGCGACACAAGCAGCCUGGUCCAGUCGCACUCCUACAAGAAGAGGGAACCUGUCGAUGUGCCGUACCAAACAGGGCAGCUUCACCCAGCCAUACGAGUAGCUGACCUGCUGCAGCACAUCACCCAGAUGAAAUGUGCCGAGGGCUACGGGUUCAAAGAGGAGUACGAGAGUUUCUUUGAAGGACAGUCUGCACCAUGGGAAUCUGCAAAGAAAGAUGAAAACAGAAUGAAGAACAGAUAUGGGAAUAUCAUUGCAUAUGAUCAUUCUCGUGUCCGGCUCCUGCCCCUCGAGGGAGAGCAAAAUUCAGAUUACAUUAAUGCAAGUUUUAUUGAUGGCUAUCACAGACCAAAUCAUUACAUUUCAACACAAGGGCCAAUGCAGGAAACAGUGUAUGAUUUCUGGAGAAUGGUGUGGCAGGAAAAUACAGCCAGUAUCGUCAUGGUGACGAAUCUUGUGGAAGUGGGACGGGUAAAGUGCUUCAAAUACUGGCCUGAUGAUACAGAGAUCUACCGAGAUAUGAAAGUGACUCUCAUAGAAACAGAGCUGCUGUCUGAAUAUGUCAUACGAACGUUUGCAGUUGAAAAGAGAGGAGCCCAUGAAAUCAGAGAGAUCAGAGGGUUCCACUUCACGGGCUGGCCAGACCAUGGUGUCCCCUAUCAUGCCACAGGUCUGCUGGGGUUUGUACGAAGAGUCAAGUCCAAGAGCCCAGCUAAUGCAGGUCCCAUGGUCGUACACUGCAGUGCCGGAGCAGGCCGGACAGGCUGCUUUAUUGUCAUUGAUAUCAUGCUGGAUAUGGCAGAAAGAGAGGGAGUGGUGGACAUCUACAACUGUGUGCGAGAGCUUCGAUCACGGAGAGUGAACAUGGUCCAGACAGAGGAACAGUAUGUGUUUAUCCAUGAUGCCAUUCUAGAAGCCUGCCUUUGUGGAGACACCACCAUCCCAGCCUCUCAGCUCAGGUCUGUUUACUACGAGAUGAACAGGCUGGACCCACAGACCAACUCCAGCCAAAUCAAAGAGGAAUUCAGAACACUGAAUAUGGUCACCCCAACUUUACGAGUGGAGGACUGCAGCAUAGCCCUUCUCCCCCGAAACCAUGAGAAGAACCGCUGUAUGGAUGUCUUGCCCCCAGACAGAUGUCUCCCCUUCCUCAUCACCAUAGAUGGAGAAAGCAGCAAUUACAUUAAUGCAGCACUUAUGGAUAGCUACAAGCAACCAUCAGCAUUCAUUGUUACUCAACAUCCUCUGCCAAACACAGUGAAAGAUUUCUGGAGACUUGUUUUAGACUACCACUGUACAUCAAUAGUAAUGCUAAAUGAUGUGGAUCCGGCACAGCUCUGCCCUCAGUACUGGCCUGAAAAUGGUGUGCACAGACAUGGACUCAUCCAAGUGGAAUUUGUAUCAGCUGACCUAGAAGAAGAUAUCAUUAGCCGCAUAUUCAGAAUUUACAAUGCAGCAAGACCUCAGGACGGGUACAGGAUGGUACAGCAGUUCCAGUUCCUGGGCUGGCCCAUGUACAGAGACACGCCUGUGUCGAAGCGCUCUUUCUUGAAGCUCAUUCGCCAGGUUGAGAAGUGGCAGGAGGAGUAUGAUGGUGGGGAGGGGCGGACCGUCGUACAUUGCCUGAACGGUGGGGGCCGCAGUGGGGCAUUCUGUGCAAUCAGCAUUGUCUGUGAGAUGCUACAGCACCAACGUGCAGUCGAUGUUUUCCAUGCAGUAAAAACACUGAGAAACAACAAGCCCAAUAUGGUGGACUUACUGGAUCAAUACAAGUUCUGCUACGAAGUAGCUUUGGAAUACUUGAAUUUGGGGUAGUGUUUAUCUUGAAUAGUUAAUGCUAACCUUGCCACACAUACAUGAACUAAAAUCAGAGAGGAACGAACAUUUGCAAAAAUUACCGCAGGUCAACCUAUACAGCAAGGGAUGGUUGAACACUAUUACUGCUCAAGCUUCUGAUCAACCGUCCACCACAGCUGGAAAAAUGAAGGAGCACAGUAAUGUUCUUGCAGUAAAUGUGUUUAAGUAUUUUUUAUUACCUUCUUGCCUGUGAUCCUUGGUUGUUGCCUUUAUCCUUGUUGGAUGGUAAGUGUCAUUUCCGUUUUGUGGGGAAUGCAGUAUAGAGUAAUCAUAACAUUUUAAUUUCCUUGUUAUGUUUGUAAUCUAACACAAAGCAGUAUGACGUAUAUAUGUAGCUAUUGAUUAACUAAACUGGCAUUAAAUACUAAAUGUUAAUUUGUUGUGUUGUAUUUGCUACAGGUAUUGUACAUUUGGCAGCAUCAGUGCAAUUCAGAAGCAAGCUCAAAAACACUAAUGUCUGAAUAAAAGGAUCCAAAGCUUUUUUUCCCCCAUUUGUUUUUAUAUUGUAAAUAUUUUCAAGUUCAUCAAUUAUUUAUUCAUGGAGUCUUUUUUUGUGAAGCACAGUGAGUGACAAUCAUUAUUUUACUGAAACCCAAUUUAUUGUUGACCAGAUUAUAUUGUUAGCCUUUGUUUAUCUUGUAUGAAUUAACAGCUCAAUAAAAUGUAUCUCAGUCUUG